AUGUCGUUGUACAACUUCAAGAAAAUUGCUGUAGUUCCUACAGCAAAGGACUUCAUUGACAUAAUAUUGUCAAAAACCCAAAGGAAAACUCCCACAGUAGUACACAAGCAAUACAAAAUCACCCGUAUCAGAGCGUUCUAUAUGCGAAAAGUGAAAUACUCCCAGCAGAGUUUCCAUGAUAGACUUACCCAAAUCCUAACAGAAUUUCCUAAACUGGAUGAUGUCCAUCCAUUCUAUGCUGACUUGAUGAAUGUCUUGUAUGAUAAAGAUCACUACAAGCUAGCUCUGGGUCAAAUAAAUACAGCUAGACAUCUAAUAGACAAUGUUGCAAAAGAUUAUGUAAGACUAUUGAAAUAUGGUGACUCACUCUACAGAUGUAAACAGCUCAAAAGGGCUGCUCUUGGACGUAUGGCUACCAUAAUGAAGAGGCAGGGAUCUAAUCUCACUUACUUGGAGCAAGUUAGGCAGCAUUUAGCUCGUCUACCAUCCAUAGAUCCUUAUACAAGAACCAUAAUUAUAUGUGGGUUUCCAAAUGUUGGAAAAUCAUCAUUCAUCAAUAAAAUUACCAGAGCUGAUGUAGAAGUCCAACCUUAUGCUUUCACCACCAAAUCCCUCUAUGUAGGUCACACUGAUUACAAAUAUCUCAGGUGGCAAGUUAUUGACACUCCUGGAAUUCUGGAUCAUUCACUGGAAGAGCGCAAUGUUAUUGAAAUGCAAGCUGUAACUGCUCUGGCACAUCUAAGAGCUUGUGUCCUGUACUUUUUGGACCCUUCUGAACAGUGUGGGCAUUCCCUUGAUGAACAAGUCAAACUGUUUGAGUCUAUCAAACCUCUUUUUGCUAACAAGCCUCUCAUUGUUGUUGCCAAUAAAUCUGAUAUCAUCACAUUGGAUGAGCUACCAGCAGAGCGUAGAGCUGUAGUCAAAGAGCUGGAGGAUGAUAAGGAUUUGACCCUGUUGGAAAUGUCAACAGUCACAGAUACUGGGGUGAUGGAAGUGAAAACUGAGGCAUGUGAGAAGUUGCUGAGUUACAGGGUUGAUCAGAAAAUGAGAACUAAGAAAGUCGACGGAGUGCUGAACCGGCUGCACGUUGCCCUCCCAAAGCCGCGCGACGACAAGCCCCGCCCCCCUUGCAUCCCCGACACCGUAUUGGCCAAGAAGCAGCUCACCGCCGAGAAGCGCAAGCGCAAACUCGAGCGCGACAUCGAGAUCGAAGAGGGCGACGACUACGUGCUCGACCUCGCCAAGCACUACACGGACAUACCCGAGGAAGAACGACACGAUAUCAUCCCUGAAAUCUGGGAGGGGCACAAUGUGGCCGAUUACAUCGAUCCGGAUAUUUUCGAGAAGUUGGCUGAGUUGGAGAGAGAAGAAGAAUUGAGAGAGGAGACCGGGAUGUACGUGGUGCCGAAGAUCGAGCUGGACGAUACGAUGCGGGAGAUUCAGAAGUUGGCGCUGCAGAUCAGGCACAAGAAGGCUAUUAUCAAGGACGAGGCUAGGAUCAAUAAGCAGAGUAGGAAGCCGGUUAUGCCGAGGACUGCCGGCUCCAAGGUUAGAGAUCGUUCUGUAUCGAGACUGCGUGACGACAUGGCCAAACUGGGGGUCGACCUGUCACAAUCCGGAGACGCCAACUUCACCAAAACCAAGCAGAGAAGCCGCUCCAUGGGCACCCCUGCUAAACGAGCGAGAAUGGAUACCAGCGAGAGCACUUCUCUCACCAGGUCUAGAUCGUUAUCGAAACCGCCGAGAAACGAACAGGGAGUGAAGGACGUCGCUAUGAAGAACAAGCUGGCCAAGAUCGCUCACAGGGCGAUCAGCAAGAAGGUGAAGAGGUACGGUCUCAAGGGAGAAGCCGACAGAUUCAUCGGCACCAAGAUGCCCAGACAUUUGUUCUCCGGAAAGAGAGGAGUGGGAAAAACGGACAGAAGAUAA